UCAACCCGGAAGUGGCACUGUCAGGCGUCCUAGCCUAGCUUGCUAGCUCAAACUGUAGGCUACGUGAAAUCAUGAGGACUGUGAGACACUCACGCCAGUGACAGCGCUCCUCGGGGUUGUGAGCUUUUUCAAAGGAGUCACCGGGAGACAUUUUGCACGGUAUUUGUCUUGCAGCUCCGGCCUCGACAUGGAAUCCAUGCUGAACAAGCUGAAGAGCACGGUCACCAAAGUGACGGCCGACGUCACCAGCGCCGUCAUGGGCAACCCCGUCACGCGGGAGUUCGAGGUGGGCCGUCACAUCGCCAGCGGCGGUCCCAGCAUGUGCUGGAGGAUCUACAACGGCACCAAGAAAUCCACCAAGCAGGAAGUGGCCGUGUUUGUUUUUGAUAAGAAGAUGAUUGACAAGUACCAGAAGUUUGACAAGGACCAAAUCGUGGACUCCCUGAAGCGAGGGGUGCAACAGCUGACCCGACUGCGACACCCCCGUCUCCUGACCGUUCAGCACCCUCUGGAGGAGUCGCGAGACUGUCUGGCCUUCUGCACCGAGCCAGUCUUCGCCAGUCUGUCCAACGUGCUUGGCCACUGGGACAACCUGCCCAGCCCCGUGCCCAAAGACCUGCCCAACGAGCUCGGCCACUGGAGCAACCGGCCCAGCCCCGUGCCCAAAGACAUCAAGGAGUACAAGCUGUAUGACGUAGAGACCAAAUACGGCCUGCUACAGAUCUCGGAAGGUUUGUCCUUCUUGCACAGUGGAGUAAAGAUGGUCCACGGCAACUUGUGUCUGGAGAACAUUAUUCUCAACAAGAGUGGAUCGUGGAAGAUUAUGGGUUUUGAUUUCAGCAUUUCAUCCAGCAACCCAUCAGACACCGAUCCCAAAUACGUAUGUAAAGAAUGGGAGCCCAACCGGCCACCGCUGUGCCUGCCCAACCCCGAGUACCUCGCGCCCGAGUACAUCCUGUCAGUCAGCUGCGACACGGCCUCCGACAUGUACUCGCUGGGUGUGGUGGCGCACGCCGUCUUCAACGAGGGCAAGCCCGUCUUCGCCGUCAACAAGCACGACAUCUUUAAGAGCUUCAGCCGGCAGCUGGACCAGCUCACCAGCAUAAGUCCGGCGCUCUUGAACAAGCUCCCAGAGGAGGUGCGCGACCACGUGAAAAUGCUGCUCAGCGUCACGCCCAACGUGCGCCCCGACGCCGACCAGAUGACCAAGAUACCAUUUUUCGACGACGUGGGCGCCAUGACGCUGCAGUACUUUGACUCGCUCUUCCAGCGAGAUAAUCUGCAGAAGUCACAGUUCUACAAGGGCCUCCCCAAAGUCCUGCCGAAACUCCCCAAGAGAGUGGUGGUCUACCGCAUCCUUCCGGCGCUCACCUCGGAGUUCGUCAACCCGGACAUGGUGCCCUUCGUGCUGCCCAACGUGCUGCUCAUCGCCGAGGAGUGCACCAAGGAUGAGUACGUGCGCCUCAUCCUGCCCGACCUCACGCCCGUCUUCAAGCAGCAGGAGCCCAUCCAGGCUAGUAACAUGAUUCUGCUGAUCUUCCUGCAAAAAAUGGACCUGCUCUUGACCAAAACGCCGGCGGAGGACAUCAAGAACAGCGUGCUGCCGAUGGUUUACCGAGCUCUGGAAGCCCCAUCUGUGCAGAUCCAGGAGCUGUGCCUCAACAUCAUCCCGACGUUCACCAACCUCAUCGACUACCCUUCCAUCAAGAACUCCCUCAUCCCUCGCAUCAAAUCCGCCUGCCUGCAGACAUCCUCGCUCGCCGUGCGCGUCAACUCACUGGUGUGUCUCGGGAAGAUCCUGGAAUACAUGGACAAGUGGUUUGUCAUUGACGAGAUCCUGCCCUUCCUGCAGCAGAUCCCCUCCAGGGAACCGGCGGUGCUCAUGGGAAUCCUGGGGAUCUACAAGUGCACCUUUAGUCACAAGAAGCUAGGCAUCCCCAAGGAGAACCUGGCCACCAAGACCCUGCCGCACUUGGUGUCACUCAGCAUUGACGGCAACCUCAACCUCAAUCAGUUCAACUCGUUCAUGGUGGUCAUCCGAGAGAUGCUGAGUCGCAUGGAGGCCGAGCACAAGACCAAGCUGGAGCAGCUCCACAUCAUGCAGGAACAGCAGAGGAGUUUGAACAUCUCUGGCACAGAGAAGCCAUCGGAGGACGCCAAGAACCCCUCGUCGUCGCACCAGAUUGAUGACAUCUUUGGCAGCACGGGGGUGAACGGGAAGGAGAACGGAUCCUCCGCAGCAGCCCCGCAGCCUAAUCGAAUGUCUCUGACUCUGGAGGAGAAGCAGCGACUGGCUAAAGAGCAGGAGCAGGCGGCCAAACUGAGGAGUCAGCAGCCACUAGCACCACAGAGUAUCAAACCGGCUGCGUCGGCCAACUCACAGACGAAAGAUCUAACCAGCAGCCUCCUCACCAACAUGGCGUCCCUGAACAGAAUGUCCGUGAGCAACACACCGCGAGCCCCCAUGGCGCAGGCCUCGCCCGCCAUGUCCGCCUUCCCGGCCUCCCCCAUGGGCGCCCCGGUGUCCAACGGCUUCAACCCGGCAGUUGGCUUUCCGUCGGCAGGCAUGGGGAUGAGCAUGCGGCCUCCAGGUUCCGCCGGCUACGGCGGCAUGGCCUCCACCACCAGCACCCCAAACUUUGGCGCUCUGGCGCAGAACCACAGCCAGAUGAAUAUGUCGGCGCUGGACAACCUUUUCACAUCCAACAAGCCCAAAGUCUCCCUGAACCAAAUGGCGCCCGGAGGCGGCACCCCUUGGCUGGGUCAGUUCACUCCGGUGCAGAACGUUCAGCCCGCCUUGCCGGGGGCGCCGGCGGCGGGAUUCGGGAUGCAAGCGAACCCUUUUUUCAGCCCGCAGAACUUCUCUCAAACCGGCGCCAACCAAAGCGGACUGAAGCACAGCACAUCCGCCAACAGCGACCUGAAAGACCUUUUUGGCUGAAAUAGACCUAAUGUGAAGUUGAAAAAGAGUCCACUUUUACCGUGUCUAUUUUUGAUCGUGCUCACAUUCUGCACCCCGUUUGUAUUUGAAGGACAACGUGUUACUUCUUGUAUGGUGUCUUCGACAAAGCUGUGGGUUUCAUACUCUUUUCUACUUGAUGUUCUGUGGGGCGCACACAGGAGUUGAGUUACCGGUACUUUAUGAAUCUGAUUUACCUUAUUCAGACUCUUUAAGGAUAUUCAGUCGGGAGGUAGCUCGAUGUGUAGCAUCCGGGAAGGUUGGCCUUUUUGCAGGCCGUCUCCAUGGCAACAAAUCUGCAGCAGCAGUAACAUAAUGCACACACACACACACACACACACACGCUCUCAUUUACCUUUCACUUCCUUUAAAUGCAGUAUGACUGGAGUAUCACUUGUAGCUCGACGCUAAUGCUAACAAGGUGCAUUGUAGGCUCUUGUGCCUUACAGGGUUUAAAUUGAUUGUCUUACUUUCUGUCAAGGUGACCAAUGAACGUUGAGCUUUUGUCUGUCUUGGAAAGAUUUUACACAUGAAGUGUACCAUUCCUAUUGUCACUUUUAAAUAGUAAAGAAGUCACUAUAUAUUUCGAUUUCAAAACUUUUCCAAAAGUUUUUUUUUUUUUUCAUUAGGUGGUGUGGAAGGUCCUCUGCAGUUUUUGUUGGGUGUGAGAGCUUGAGAGGCCUUAGGCGAUGAAACUUGUGCAAUAAUAAUGAUUCUCUCUGAUGGUUUAUACUGCACUGACCUCCGAUGUCCACCCAGCUCAUCAGAUACUCUUAGAUUUUAAAUUAAAUGUGCACAGUUGUCAUUUUGUGUUUCCGCUGGAAGCCGCUCUCUGAAAGUUUCUGGUCAUUCCAACCACGCACACACUACUGCUGGAAUUUGUGUGUUCUGUGAUUUCAUAAUGAUCUGCGGUGGUUCGGUGAAACUGUGUACAUAUAAAGGAAAGAAUACAAUCGUUCAGCAGUGUGUAGUUAUUUUGUGAUGGAGAAAAGUCGCUCAACUGCAAUUUACACAUCACACAAUAAUGACAAUCGUUAAAUCUUCACUCGUUUAUAUACGAAAAGGGAAUACGUGAAUGUCAAAUAAAGUCUCCUUCAAUGAC